AUGGGAGCCCUUCCCGUGAAGGACGCUUUCUGCGGUCUAUCACCCCGAACCAUCGCCCUUCUCAUCACACCUCUGCUGGUGAUGGUCACCGCAGUAGAAGCAGCAUGGGACGCCUACGUGCUCGCAGAAUUUUCAGACGGUUUAUCAACCUUUCGAAAGAUUUUUGCCGGUCUUCAAGUCGCUUUGCUCGCCAUUCUCAUAGUCCUCUUCAUCGCAGCUUACUUUGUCGGCGUCAUUCCUAGGAAAAAUAAAGUGGUCAAAUUCUUGGCUCAUAUCGCCUUGUUGAAAGGCUUGGCUCUAGGAUUGGUGGGCAUCAUCCACAUCAUCUCCGUCGUCAAGAACAAGGACGAAUUUCACGACGAUUGUGUCAAGAAGAAUACCGAGGACUUCUGCUCAGAGGUAAGUGAGAGGACCUGCCUCCUUGGCCGCACGGUACCUUGUGCAUUUGUUGACGAAGCCGUAGCGCCUGACACGCACAGCUGAACGCCAUCAACAUCGGGUUCGCCGUCGGCCUCAUGCUCCUUCAAGAAUUGCUGUUGUUCAUCGACGCGCUUGGUGAGUAAGCUGUGUCUCACUCAUCAAUACUCCCAAGCAAGUCGUCUUGGCGCUUACGCACCCCUUCAUCAUGCGACGAUGCUCCUUGCAGCUCUGAACUCGCUCGCAAAGCAGACCGAAGUGGUCAAGGAGUCAGACGGAGCUUACAAAUAUGCACAGCAGUCUCACCCUUACUCGCAACCUCAGUACGCUGGCUCGUACGCAUGA